UGCUGACAUGUAUGUGGUUCCCACAUGGAAAACGAUGAAUGUGGACCCACUCUCAAGUUUACCGGUAAAGUGAAGUUAAACACACACACAGACAGACAGUUGCACAUUAAUGCAAUGAUUUCUGUACAAUGCACAGUAGUUGAAUGGUUGCAUUUUCUUUCUCUACACCAGAACAAUCUGUGUUCCAAGGAUGCGAUUUUGUUCCCUGCAUGGAGUAUGCAACAGAAUCAACUGGAUCACUAUUUGCUAUGUGUUGAGUUACAGUUUCAAAAAAUAGAUAUUCAGAUUUUUAGAAUGAAGUUUGUUGAUUAGCUUAUCAUUUUGAAAUAUGUCCAUUGCAGGUUUUACUGGUUGUGGAGAGAGAGAUCAUUUUUCUAGAUUCUGUACUCCCUGGUGGUUUUGGAGAUGACUCGUACAAAACGAUAUUUAGGUUAAGAGAGAGGAAAAAGUUGCCCUUGUUCAGUGGCUUUUACCAAUAAUAUUUUACGCAAGAGCCAUGUUCUGUGGCUGCUGAUUUACACAAAAGCCUUGUUCUAUGGCUGAUGAUUUACAAAAAGCCUUGUUCUAUGGCUGAUGAUUUACAAAAAGCCUUGUUCUAUGGCUGAAAAUUAACAAAAAGCCUUGUUCUAUGGCUGAUGAUUUACAAAAAGCCUUGUUCUAUGGCUGAAAAUUAACAAAAAGCCUUGUUCUAUGGCUGAUGAUUUACAAAAAGCCUUGUUCUAUGGCUGAAAAUUAACAAAAAGCCUUGUUCUAUGGCUAAUGAUUUACAAAAAGCCUUGUUCUAUGGCUGAUGAUUUACAAAAGCCUUGUUCUAUGGCUGCUUAUUUAUAGCUUUGUUCUUUUGUUUUAUGUUUACGCAGAAGCCUUGUUCGAUGGCUGUAGGAUUAGGUCUCAUUUUAUGAAACUAGACCAUGGAGAACAAUUGUAUGACUAUAGGUUUCAGUAAGUGUGUGUCCAUAAUUAAUUUUUUUUCCCAUUUUAUGUGCAGACAUAUUGCAGGCCAGAUUGACCCAAGACCCUGGACAGAGAAGACCGGCAGAAGUUUUGAUCACUUCCCUCAACAAACUUCUGGGAACUACUGUGGCAUCCUUAUACUCAUUUAUGCCCUCUGUAUCUGCACCAAUACCCCAUUUAUCUUCACAGAGAAUGAUGUGCCAUUAAUCCGCCAGUGGUGGUGCAUCCUACUGAUGGAAAGAUUUCAGAUUGAAGGACAUGGCCAGAGGUUUGCUUUCUGGACUGACAAGGCUAGCAGGCUAUUGCAAGGGACCCUUCAGCCACUUUUUAGGGUAUCUAGGUCAAUCACUUCAGACAUUCCACCUCAUGUGCAAACCAUGGUCAACCGCACAGCCCAAGAAAAGAAGCUGGUAGACUUUGCUGUACAAGACCAUGGAGUCCGGCAACAUUUGUUGGGUGUACUCUGUGGAAAAGAGCCUUCGAAGUGGCUCAGCAGAAUCCAGAAGGGAUCAUCUCUACGGGUGCCAGUGUACCUGGACUCGGAGGAAGAACAGGACUCCCUAUUUUUCUAUCUUCAGGAUGUCCUGAAAUCUGCACCAGUAGAAUUCCACAUUGAGGAUCAAGUGCAGUUCAUUUUGGAUGUUUUGUUCCCAGAGGUAAGGUUACUAGGUAUGCAGUAAAUAUCUAUUAACAAUGUUAAAUAGCCUGUUGUGACUUAAGUUACAUAAAAAUUUUAAUCAAAUGUAUCUUUUUUUUAAAUCCAAUAGAGUAAUACUGUGAGACCAUGAUAACCACAAUACAUUUUCUCAGACAGUUAUUGGGUCAUUUUCAGCAGUGACACUAACGCUAAUGCUGGAGUUUUUAAACACCUCAGUUUCACUUGCUU